AUGCCUAUUGCAGACUUAUCAGUGUAUUUUGACGUUUCUCCACCUGCAUUGUUUCUUGAUCUAAGUUUGCAUUCAAUGAAUGAUUUAUCACCAGUUUUUGAUACAAAUUUCCUAUUAAUACGACCAAAUGAUUAUGAUCGAUCAAUUUUAUUGAAAAUUAUCGAAAAACAUAUUAAAACACCAUUCAAAAUAUCACAAGAAUCAGCUUUAUUUAACAAUUACUUUCAAAAUAAAGUCACAAUCCUGCCAAUUAAUACAGUAAUUAGUUGCAAGAAAAACCAUCCUAACUACAUGCAUACACAGCCAUUAAAAGGCAUAUUAAAUGCAUCUGCAAUACUUUUUGAGCAUGGAUGCGAGCCAUGGAUUGUUAAUAACUCAUUUUCAACAUUAUGGCACCAAUUUGUUGCAUAUUUUGGCCAAACAUUAGAUAUACAUCCUAAUUAUCAAAGUCUAUUCCCAAUAGAUGUAGAUUACAGUAAUGUUGAAACUUUCUUUUAUAAUUCAGGAGAAAAAUCUCCAACUGUCAAAAAAGUUCAAAAAGAAGCACAUAAUUAUGAAGAAGAUAAUGAUAAAGAUAUUUACGUCUAUGUAAAUACAACUAUUAAGAAUAUAUUGACUACUAUUGUACUAAUUAUGUUCACUAUUUUGUUUUCUCUUUCAUUUCUCAAGAUUGUUCAUAUUCAGUUUUAUGAAGCAAUUACAGGAUCAUUGUAUAAAGCAAAAUCUUAUGUUUUGUUAAAAUAA